AUGCUUACUUUCUCCAUUCCCAUCAACUCCAGCACUGUCACUGGCUUCAUCCUCCUGGGCUUCCCUGGCCCCAGGGAGAGGCAGGUCCUCCUCUUUGUGCUCUUCUCUGUUGUCUACCUCCUGACCCUCACGGGCAAUGGUUCCAUCAUCUGUGCUGUGCGCUGGGAUCAGAGACUCCACACCCCCAUGUACAUCCUGCUCUCCAACUUCUCCUUCCUGGAGAUCUGCUAUGUCACCUCCACUGUCCCCAACAUGUUGGCCAACUUGCUCUCUGAUACCAAGGUCAUCUCCUUCUCUGGGUGCUUUCUCCAGUUCUACUUCUUCUUCUCCUUGGGUUCUACAGAAUGCUUUUUCUUGGCUGUUAUGUCAUUUGACCGAUACCUUGCCAUCUGCCGGCCUCUACAUUACCCCACUCUUAUGACUGGACAUCUCUGCACCAAUCUUGUCAUCAGCUGCUGGGUACUUGGUUUCCUCUGGUUCCCAGUCCCUAUCAUCAUCAUUUCCCAGAUGUCCUUCUGUGGAUCUAGGACUAUUGACCACUUCCUGUGUGACCCAGGUCCUCUGCUAGCCCUCACCUGUUCUACAGUCCCAAUAAUGGAGUUGUAUUGGACAAUCAUAAUUUCUAUAGUCUUAUUUAUUCCUUUCCUCUGCAUCAUGGUGUCCUAUGCUCUGGUCCUAAGAGCUGUGUUGAGGGUCCCUUCAGCAGCGGGCCGAAAAAAGGCUUUCUCCACCUGUGGGUCCCAUCUGGCUGUGGUUUCACUCUUCUACGGUUCCGUGAUGGUCAUGUAUCUGAGCCCAACAUCUGAGCAUGAAGCUGGAAUGCAGAAGCUUGUGACUCUGCUUUAUUCUGUGGGAACCCCAUUCAUUAAUCCUGUGAUCUAUAGUCUAAGAAACAAAGAUAUGAAACAUGCCCUGCAGAAGUUUCUGGGAAUAUAA